AUGGACGUGAAUAAUGCAUUCUUACAUGGGGAGGUCGAUCGAGACAUAUACAUGGAGCAACCAAAAGGCUUCGAAAGUAAAACUCAUCCUCAGUACGUGUGUAAGUUAAGGAAAGCCGUCCACGGACUAAAACAGGCACUAAGAGCAUGGUAUGACAAAAUAGGUGAGUUCCUAGUGCAAAGCGGAUAUCAAGUUACACCUGCAGAUUCAAGCUUAUUCGUCAAGAAGCAACAGGAGAAGAUAUCCAUCGUGCUGGUCUACGUGGAUGACCUAAUCAUUACUAGAGAUGAUGAAGAGGAGAUUAAUAGCAUAAGAGAGAAUCUAUCUAUACGCUUUCAAAUGAAGGAGCUCGGAGAACUGCGACACUUUCUUGGGCUCGAGGUGGAGCGCAUUCCUAUGUCAACAAAAGUACGCAAAGGAUAUUCUCCAAAGCCAAAUAUCAGAUUAUGUGCAGAAGAAGGGAAGGAAUUGGCUAACUCAACUAUGUAUCGACAACUGGUCGGUAAUUUAAUAUAUCUAACUAUGACCCGACUAGACAUAGCUUAUGCAGUUGGAGUAGUUAGUCGAUACAUGCAACGGCCAAAGAAACCCUAUCUAGAAGCAGUUCGACGUAUUCUAAGGUAUAUAAAAGGGACUAUCGACUACGGCCUCCUGUAUAGAAAAGGAGAGGCUUGUGAGCUCAGAGGCUACUGUGAUGCUGACUAUGCUGGAGAUCAUGAUACAAGACGAUCAACUACUAGAUAUGCAUUCAACCUUGGUUCAGCAGUAGUCUCUUGGUGCAGUAAAAGACAACCGACUGUGUCGUUUUCUACAACUGAAGCUGAGUACAGGUCAGUAGCAAUGGCGGUACAAGAGAGCACAUGGUUGAUGCAGUUGAUGAAUAACCUACAUCAACCUACAGAUUAUGGAGUGGAUCUCUACUGCGACAACCAAUAA